CCACUUGUAUCUUCUUCCUAAGUAACAAGUGCAAUCCAAGAGAUAAUAACAAACAAACAUGGGUUCCUUGAGCACAAUGAAAAAGCCACAUGCCGUGUGCAUACCGUACCCAGCACAAGGCCACAUAAACCCAAUGCUAAAGCUAGCAAAACUCCUUCACUUGAGAGGCUUCCACAUCACCUUCGUUAACACCGAGUACAACCACAAACGCCUUCUCAAGGCAAGAGGUCCUCAUUCCCUCGAUGGCCUCUCUUCCUUUCGCUUUGAAACCAUCCCCGAUGGCCUACCUGAAUCCGAUGUCGAUGCCACACAGGAUAUAGCUUCCCUCUGUGACUCCACUAGAACAACUUGCUCCCCUCACUUCAAAAACCUCCUUAGAAAAAUCAAUGCUUAUUCAGAUGCCCCUCCUGUCUCUUGCAUACUUUCUGAUGGUGUCAUGAGCUUCACACUUGAUGCUGCUCAGGAACUGGGUGUCCCAGAGGUGCUGUUUUGGACCACUAGUGCAUGUGGCUUCAUGUGUUACGUCCAAUACCAACAACUCGUUCAAAAGGGCCUAACACCCCUCAAAGACUCGAGUUAUCUCACGAAUGGGUAUUUGGAGACUACCAUUGAUUGGAUACCAGGUAUCAAGGAAAUUCGAUUGAGGGAUAUUCCGAGUUUCGUUAGAACCACAGAUUCAGAUGAUCUUAUGAUUGACUUCAUACUAGGGGAGUGUAGGAGAGCUCAAAGAGCUUCUGCAAUACUUUUGAACACGUUUGAUGACUUAGAGCAUGACGUGUUGGAAGGGUUAUCAUCCAUUUUGCCUCCUGUUUAUUCCAUAGGUCCUUUGAAUUUGCUCGUGAAGGAUGCUGAUGAUAAGGAGUUGAACGCAAUUGGGUCCAAUCUUUGGAAGGAGGAGUUUGAGUGUGUGGAGUGGCUUGACACCAAAGAGCCCAAUAGUGUUGUUUACGUGAAUUUUGGAAGCAUCACGGUUAUGACGAGUGAGCAAUUGAUUGAAUUUGCAUGGGGACUUGCUAAUAGCAACAAGACCUUUUUGUGGGUCAUAAGACCAGAUCUUGUGGCGGGUGAAAACGCUGUUGUACCUCAAGAGUUUGUGGAACAGACAAAAAACAGAGGCAUGUUAUCUAGUUGGUGUCCUCAAGAGCAAGUCCUGGCACAUCCCGCGAUUGGAGGGUUUUUGACACACAGUGGUUGGAAUUCAACGUUGGAAAGUGUGUGUGGAGGUGUUCCUAUGAUAUGUUGGCCUUUCUUUGCUGAGCAACAAACCAAUUGUCGGUUCAGUUGCAAUGAAUGGGGUAUUGGAUUGGAGAUUGAAGAUGUUAAGAGGGACAAAAUAGAAAGCCUCGUGAGGGAGUUGAUGGACGGUGAAAAGGGUAAAGAGAUGAAGGACAAAGCUUUGCAAUGGAAGGAAUUGGCAAAAGCUGCUGCUUCUUGCCCUCAUGGAUCUUCGUUUCUUAAUUUAGACAACAUGGUUCGUCAAGUUCUUAUGGGUCAAAAUGCUAAAAAGUAGUCUGCAAAACUUCAACUCUUUUUACCUUCUCCGUUGUUAUGUGAAUGUUCUUCUACCAAAUAAUUAUUUCUUUCUUGCCAAUAAACCGUCACAACUUGUAAUUUGUUUGUUCGUUUCCAAUUAAUGAUGAUGUUAAUUUAAUUAUGAGAAAUAGUGGAUGUAUACCUCUCU